AUUCUGUCGGUCAGGGCCCCGCUUCUCCUGUCACUCAGCCGGCAUGGCCCCGCCCCAUCGCCCAGCCGGAAGGGUCGCCCGCUUCGCCGGGCCGGGCCGUUCCCGCCGCUCCGGGGCUCCGUGGCGCUCGGCGUGGUUGCCAUGGCGGCGGUUGCUGCGGCGACGAGGUGGCGGCUGCUUCUCGUGCUGAGCGCCGCGGGGCUGGGGGUCACAGGCGCCCCGCAGCCCCCCAACAUCCUGCUCCUGCUCAUGGACGACAUGGGGUGGGGCGACCUCGGGGUGUACGGAGAACCUUCCAGAGAGACCCCGAAUUUGGACCGGAUGGCUGCGGAAGGGAUGCUUUUCCCGAACUUCUACACGGCCAAUCCCCUGUGCUCCCCUUCCAGGGCGGCUCUGCUCACCGGACGCCUGCCCAUCCGCAGUGGCUUCUACACCACCAACGGGCACGCGAGGAACGCCUACACGCCACAGGAGAUAGUGGGCGGCAUCCCGGACUCAGAGCUCCUGCUGCCGGAGCUGCUGAAGGAGGCCGGCUACACCAGCAAGAUCGUGGGCAAGUGGCAUCUGGGCCACAGGCCUCAGUUCCACCCCCUGAAGCACGGAUUCGACGAGUGGUUUGGAUCCCCCAACUGUCACUUUGGACCUUAUGACAACAAGGCCAGGCCCAACAUCCCUGUGUACCGGGACUGGGAGAUGGUUGGCAGAUUUUAUGAGGAAUUUCCAAUUAACCUGAAGACCGGAGAAGCCAACCUCACCCAGAUCUACCUGCAGGAAGCACUGGAUUUCAUUAAGAGGCAGCAGGCAGCUCGCCGCCCCUUCUUUCUACACUGGGCCAUCGACGCGACACACGCGCCUGUUUAUGCCUCCAGGCCUUUCCUGGGCACCAGCCAGCGAGGGCGUUACGGGGACGCCGUCCGGGAGAUUGACGACAGCGUCGGGAAGAUCCUGCACCUCCUCCGGGACCUGAGCAUUGCAGAGAACACCUUUGUUUUCUUCACGUCCGACAACGGCGCUGCCCUCAUUUCUGCGCCCAGACAAGGUGGCAGCAAUGGCCCCUUUCUGUGCGGGAAGCAGACCACGUUUGAAGGUGGGAUGAGGGAGCCUGCGAUCGCCUGGUGGCCCGGGCACAUCCCUGCCGGCCAGGUGAGCCACCAGCUGGGCAGCAUCAUGGACCUCUUCACCACCAGCCUGUCCCUCGCAGGCCUGGAGCCACCCAGGGACAGGGCCAUCGACGGCCUGGACCUCCUCCCCACCAUGCUCCAGGGCCGCCUGACAGACAGGCCGGUAUUCUACUACCGUGGCAACACGCUGAUGGCGGUCACCCGUGGCCAGUACAAGGCCCACUUCUGGACCUGGACCAAUUCCUGGGAGGAGUUCAGGCAGGGCGUGGAUUUCUGCCCCGGGCAGAACGUGUCGGGGGUCACCACCCACUCGCAGGAGGAGCACACUAAGCUGCCGCUGGUCUUCCACCUGGGACGAGACCCCGGGGAGAGGUUCCCCCUCAGCAUUGCCAGCACCGAGUACCUGGACGCCCUUCGCCAGAUCACCCCGGUUGUCCGGCAGCACCAGGAGGCCUUGGUCCCCGGACAGCCGCAGCUCAAUGUGUGCAACCGGGCGGUCAUGACCCACCUGGCGGUUGUGAGGACGGCUAAGCCCCUUGAAGCUGCGGGCGCGGCCGGGCCUGCGGAGCCGCUGCCUCGAGCCAGGAGGUGCCUGAGCGAUGCCGGGUGGCUGUGAUGGGUGCGCGUGAGGACGACGCACGGGUGUUGGAAGCAUUCCCUAGCGGUGAGGUGUAGCAGGGGGCCGGUGGCCUUGGGGGCGGCCGAGGGUCGUUGGCCAGGGCCAGUGGGGCAGCCUGGUCGCUGUUGUCCACAUCUGGGGCUCACAGGGGAAGACAUUUGGGGCGGGGGCCAGCAGGGCCUCCCCCUUCCCUUGGAAGGACGCCAGGCUGGCAUUCCGGCCUCUGGACUCAGCACUGGAGCAGAAGGGCCUCCCUGGCUCAGGACCACUGCGGCCCCUCGGGUCCGAGGAGCCCCUGGUGCCCCCUGCAAACCUGUCUUGUCCUCUGUGACACGGUGCUGUCCGCACGCCAGCACGCCAUCUCCUGUCACGCCUGCCCUGUGGGCCGAGUCUGCAGGUAGCAGCCGUUGCCUGGUGGCUCAGAGACCAAAGGGGUCUUAGUGACGGUAGGGGAGAUGGGGAGGGACUGACUUGGCCGGGGUGCUGCCGCCACCUGCUGGGCGCGGCAGGAAUUGCCGAGGCACGGCCGACCCCGUAACAGGAGAAAGCAGGGACCCCCGCCCCAAGUGAGCUGAGGACCCCGGAAGAGCGUGGCUUGGCCUCAGACUCUGAAGCGAGCACUGCCACCAGAGAGGUGCAUGGACUUAACAGUGUGUGGACGCGUGUGGGCGUGUGUGUGUGUGUGUGUGCGCGCGCACACACGCGAGCGUGCAAAGCCCUCCCCCGUCCCCGCACUCUGCCUGGGCCCCGCUCGUCCAGGCCAGCGGGUGAGGACUCUGGGUAGCGACCCCUGCUCUUGGGACAAGAGCAGCCCGGGCAGCCCGCCUCCCUGAACCCCCAGGCUCCCAGGUUGGGUGCAGAAUCUGUUCUCUGCAGGCACCUGGCCCCUUCUUCUGCUCUGCCUCAGAGGUUGGGAGCUGCUUCCUCAUCGAACCCUGGCCCUGCCGGGCGGCCACUUGAUGCUGUUCAGGGCAGGGGAGGGCUUUACUGCGGUUCUCACUGGCGCUGAUGUUCUGAUUCAGACUCAGGCCCUGGCAGGGGCGGUAGUAGGGGGAGUGCCCCCCACAGGGUGAUUAGGGGGAUGGGUACACCUCCUGGGUGAGGCGACACGACAGCGCCACAAAGGCUCCCUCUCAGGGGCAUGAGUGUCCUGUUUUUUUUUUUUCUUGUCUUGUUUUUUAAAGGAACAUUUAUUUAUUUAUU